AUGAUUGCUUCUCCAAGGGCGUCUCCCAGGAAACCACUUCACAGGAAUUCAUCUCCCGGGCGCAAACAGAAAUCCUAUGCCUUGUCUCCUGGUGCCGUAACCGUGUCUCCUAGAAUCACCGGUCGUCAUUCAGUUUUGGUGGCCAUGAAGAAGCACAAAGCAUUGCAAUCCGACAACAUUUUGACAGAUGAAGACAGCUUCAGCGAAAGCUGCCGCAGUGACUUCGAUAUCACCUCCAUUGUACAUCCUGGGAGUCGCUACUUGAGUGGAUUCGAUUCUAUUUCUGGAUCAAUUCAUUCUCUCGGCGGAAGUGGCCAUCGAAGAAGUAUCAUGUACAAACGUGCCGAUGGAUCCGACGCCAUUGCCGAUACCGAGCUGUUGGAACAGGAGCUUGAGGAAAUGGAAAAUCGAAAAAAUAACAUUUCGGACUCUUUAAUAGCCUUUAGUCUGCCCGAACCAUUUCUUGUGGACAACCGCCCGAGCUACCUUUCGAAAAAGGGACGAGCGCCCACUGUCAAUGAUCUGUAUGGCCCAAACGACAGUUUUUGUGACGAUGUGUCCGAGCUCAUGAUCGACGACUCCGAAUUUUUCAUUGGAGAGGAACCAGAAUCCUGUUGGUCUAUCACCAAUCACGACGAAGAAAACUCGCAGACGCCGAGUCUAUAUUGUGACAUUUCGGUAAUCAAGACAUCUGCCACCGACGACCAAUGGGCCAAAUACAAAUUGCUAGGACGAGUUGGAAUGGGUGAAGUGAAGAUCACGAAGCCCGCCAAGAAAUUGAUCAACAAGAGCAUCCGUGUCAUGGCCAAGGCUAUUAAGCAGGUUAUGGCUCUCCGGGAAAGCGACCCAGUCAUAUCUGAUAAACCACCCAGACCACCCAGCAAACCACGACCUUCCUCUUGUUUGUCCCCGUCAGAAAAUUCGCAUCGGUCCCGUCUCACCACCCAAUCCUCUGGAACCGCCAGCACUACGGAAACGACCGGUACAGAUGCGAACAUCUUUUGCACUGGAAAAUUAUUGGACGAAGUCAAGCAAACACUGGAAAUUUUACCGCCAAACAAGGCUCAGUACAAACGAGAUCCCAAUUCCAUUCAACUGCCAGAAGUGGUCAAGGAACAGCUGAAAGACUAUGUUGCAAUGAUUGCAUCGAUGUAUACCGACAAUGCUUUUCACAAUUUUGAACACGCCAGUGAAGUUCUGAAAUCGUCGAAUGCCAUUCUCUCCUUUAUUUCCAUGUCCAAAGAUUUGGAUGACCUCGAUGAAGGACCGGGAUCGGGAGUCAUUACGGACCCAUGGACUCAUUUUGCACUGACUUUCUCGGCAUUGAUCCAUGACGUGGAUCAUGCGGGGGUGCCAAACUCCCAACUCACCAAAGAAAAGUCAAUCAUUGCGGAUUCGUACAAGGGCAAGAGUGUGGCGGAACAGAACUCGAUUGAAAUAGCUUGGAACCUAUUAAUGGAACCAUGCUAUAAGGAAUUGCGUGAAAUCCUCUUCACCACAGCAGAAGAAGUUGGUCGCUUUCGUCGACUGGUUGUCAUCUUUGUCAUGGCCACUGACAUUGCCGAUCAAGAACUAGCAAAGUUUCGAAAGCAACGAGCCAAGGAAGCGAUGGAGUGCCAAGAAUCGAGUAGUGUUGCCGCUAGUGGGGAGGCGACUUACAUUAUGGAAACAAUCAUGCAAGCGGCAGAUAUCUCCCAUACAAUGCAGCCGUUUCAUGUGUACAAAAAAUGGAACUGGAAGUUGUACCGGGAGAUGUACAAAGCGUUUGAAAGUGGACGGGCGGAAAAUGACCCAACGGAUACUUGGUAUGAGAUGGAUAUCAAGUUUUUUGACUUUUAUGUAAUUCCACUUGCCAAACAACUCAUCCAAUGUGGGGUUAUGGAUGAAUCCAAAGUUCAGAACUUGCUGAAUAAUGCCAACGAGAAUCGCCAAGAAUGGGAAAAGCACGGAAAGGGGAUCGUCAACCAAUACAUCGCAGAGCGGAAUGCGCCCAAGAAACAAGGCCGAGCACCAAGAAGAGCAAGCAUGUGCGACUCGGUAUCUUCAGGCGGAAGUGCAAUGUCAGACUUAACUGAUUGCGAUAACUUGUCCAUUAGCAGUCUCCUUGAUACGACGUUUGCCAAGGUGUCGAAUUCCAGCUUGAUGGAACCGCAAAAGCCAAGGAGCACACGGAGUGCCACCAAGGCCUCAAAGAAGAAUCAGCGACGCCAGUCAUCAAAGAGCCCCAAGACGAAACGAUCAUCAGUUUCAUCACCGAGAAAAGCGAAACAGACUAAGAAGAAAGGGAAAAUGGUCGGUCCUCCUCCACUGCUAAAUGAUUCGGAGAUUGACCAAGCUGUUGCGGGGUAUGCGAUUAAGGCAAAGGGGAAGUCGUCAAGACAAAGUUCUGGGGGACGAAGAAGGGGGAAGUCCCAACGACGAAAGUCUAAUGAUUCUAAGAGACGGAAUAGCGUCGAUAGUCCUAGAAAGGGACUAUCAUCUAAACGAAAGUCGGAGCUGGAGUCAUGUGUGAAAAAUAAUGGUCUAUUGCCGAGAGGGCACAGUGUUGAUCGUCCUCGAAAGGAGCCGAUGUCUCCCCGACGAAAAUUGAAAAAAGCCGAUGUGCUCUUGAAAGGACCCAGGAAAGCAGACCCACCGCAAGAUGAAAUCGUCCUUCCGAUUCGAACCAACCGGCCAAAGAAGCAUGCUCGUUCAAAAUCCUCGGGAUCGGCUGACGCGGAAGAGGUGGCCAUGUUCUUGGCAAGAUUUCACGCUACAAAGGAAGCAAGGGCAGCAAGGAUUUCUGGGGGUCGCCAGAGGUGCAACAGUGCGUCGAGGGCCACAAGAUCCAGCUCCACAACUCGAUAG